CGCCCGCUCCGCCGGCACCCACGUGGGCCGGUUAGCGCAUGCGCGGCGGGAGCCGAAGGGGACGACGGGAACAGGAAUUUCACCACAUGGCCGCUGAAGGAGUGACCAUUACUGUUCGCCUCAUUCGUUCAUUUGAGCAUCGCAAUUUCAAGCCUGUAGUAUAUCAUGGAGUUAAUUUGGACCAAACUGUAAAGGAAUUUUUAGUAUUCCUAAAACAAGAUGUUCCUUUAAGGACCAGCUUGCCACCACCAUUCAGAAAUUAUAAAUAUGAUAAACUAAAGAUUAUUCAUCACGCACAUAAGUCAAAGGUUAGGCGUGUUUUCAAACUGGUUCCUGACAUGCAGAGAAUACAUCUGUUAUACAAAUCAGUUACGGCAAAACAGUAUGCUGUUUGAAAAAUUUGUGGAGCAAAGUGUGUUGUGUCCUUCUCCACUGAAUGCAUAAUUUUCUGCAUUGUUGGGCUUGUUCAUGUAUUCCUGUUUUCUAAAAGGCAUAACUAGUAAAUUAUCCCUUUGUCUUAGUGAAGAUCUAUCUAUUGUGUUCAGAUAGUCACCAUGAUGACCUUUUAAAACAGGAGGAAAUUCUCCUGUAGUUAAACAAAAAUCUUAGAUGUGUUACUUAUAUUUAAAUGCAUGCUCCACCCUGGUGUGCUAUCAUUGUACAAUUUGGGCUUAUUUUUUCGGUUGAACAAUGUAACUGGUUAGGGGGUGAGUCCCAAAAUGAAUGAAGUCACUGAGAAUGUUUUAUUAAUCUGGCUUUAUAAACUUUAUCUAAGCCACAACAAUUCUAGUAAGUGCAGGCUGUAUACCUUGGGGGUGAUUUUGCAGGCUUCCAUCUCCACUUUCACAAGGAAAGGGGUUAAUAUAUUUUUACAGAUACAGUUUUAAAACUUUAGAAAACGUCGCCCAUCUGUCUUCUCCCAUGCCUUACCCAGUUUUCUCAUUGUCCUUCCAGCUCCUGUUCACCACCUGCAGGGCCUACAGCGUCACCUGCACAGUCUGUCAGUUUUCUAGCCCCAGUGCAAAUUUACUUUAUUUAUUAUUAUUUUUAAUGACUUCUUGUUUACAUAUAAUCAUUGUGCAUCUUUGUGGAAUACAGUGUGGCUUCUCAAAGCACACCCACAGUGUGUAAUAAAUCAAAUCACAUGUUCAUCUCAUUUAGCAUGGAAGGGUAUCCAUGUGUUCGUCUUAUUUAGCAUUGAACAUUGCAUUACAUGUACACAUCCAUGACAGUUUCUGCUAGGUUUUAUUAUUAUUUUUUGGAAGUCUAUAUUGAGUUGUCAGUGACAUGAAUUGUAUCCUCCGCCGUGGUGUCCUGUUGCAUAACCUAUUCUGUUUGUUUACAUGCCUUCUUGUAUCUGUCCCCGUAUCUCCCUUUGCACUCUCUACUUCUGUUCCAUUGAGUCCCGCUAUAAUUUUGAUGUCCUUUCUCAGUCAAACAGACUUCCAAAAUGGCUCCUGUAACUUAAUAAACUCAUUCAUAAAAGGCAUUCCCCUGUUUCCCAGCUUUCUGGAUUUAGAGACUUUCCUAAAUGUAAUUAACAGGCAUCCUCAGAAAUUUCAUUACCACAAUAAAGGGGCUAUCUGGAUACCUGCCUACCGGAUCCUCUUGUUUGAACUGUGAGCUAAGUGAUUGUUGAAUGAAUGAAUCGAUGAUACAUUGUAAAUAAUUGCUGUAGCAUCACUGUGGUUAUUAAGAAAACAUGUGUAUAUGCUUGUGCAUGUAUGUAUUGAGAGCUGUGAUCAGUAGUCUGUUUAUAAAGUCAGAAUUCUGUUUUGAUGCUAGAGGGUGCAUACAUAUGCAUGAGAUGUGGAAAAGAGGGAGAAAGCACCUCCUAGCAGGGUGUAGUCCUGCUGCAGUCCUUUUCCCUCCAAUUCUCCAAUCCUUUUUUUCCAAUUCUCCAUCUUGUCAGGAUCCUGGGCACAUGUGUGCCCGCCUGGUGUGUCGCUGCCCGGGCAAGCAAGCCCCAGACAGCCAUUUGGGGUCCAGCUUUCUCUGCUGAGUGCUCACUGUUGUGCUAUAAAUGAACCGCAAUAUAAAAUAUUUUAAAUGAAAUUCACAAAAAUAUUUGAAGAAAACUUGGGACAGAAUCAAAUCACCUUAGGAAAGGUCUAAGUACGAUAUAAAACCAUGAAAUACCAACAUGUUUUACUUCAUUCAUUAACUUACUCACCAAAAAUUCAUUUAGUUCUUUUUUUUUUAAGCUUUUGCUAUAG